AUGUCAAAACAUCAACAGAACGAAGAGGUACAUCCAGGUUGGAUUCGAUACAAUGUAAGAAAAAUCUGUUUUCCUUUUAUUUCCAUUGUUAUCUUUGUUCAAGAUACAAUGGCUCUUUUGUCAGCCCAAGCCAUAGGUUUAUUCCUGUUAUCCAAUGACCCGCUAAAAGUACGGCACCUCUUGGAUGCUACUAAGAGAGCAUUUAUAGUCAUACUAAUGACGAUUUUAACUAUUGUUGCACCAUCAACCAUAAGGAUUACUACGGAUAAUAAAACCAUAACACCAAGUACUUUUUACAGAGAUCCAAAGAAGGGCCGUAUCUGCUCACAAUUGAGAAAUAAUUCGAUCACUAUUUGUAACCAUCAAAUUUACACUGAUUGGAUAUUGCUAUGGUGGUUGGCAUACACCUCAACGCUUGCAGGAAAGGUUUACAUUAUGUUAAAGAAAUCUUUAGAAAAAAUUCCAGUCUUAGGCUAUGGGAUGAAGAAUUUCAAUUUUAUAUUUAUGGACAGAAAAUGGGCUAGUGACAAAGGAACUUUGGACAAGCAGCUUACAGAAAUUGAUGCCAGAGCAAGAGGUAUUAGCAAAAUGCAGAAAUUGCAUGAUAAAGAAAUAAAGAAGGCUGACGCUGGUGUUGAACCUUAUAAUUUGAUACUAUUCCCAGAAGGAACUGUUCUGUCAGAAAAUACAAGAAAUCAAAGUCUGGCAUAUGCAAAAAAAGUGGGGAGAAGCCCAUUUAAAUGUGUUUUAUUGCCACAUACGACCGGAUUAAGGUUUUCAUUGCAAAGAUUAAAGCCAAGUUUAGAUAUUUUAUAUGAUGUGACAAUCGGUUAUUCUGGCGUCAAGCAAGAUGACUAUGGCGAAAACACAUAUGGACUAAAAAGUAUCUUCUUUGAAGGUAAAUAUCCAAAGCUUGUUGAUAUUUAUAUCAGGUCGUAUGAUAUCAAAGAUAUUCCACUUGACAAUGAAGAAGAAUUUAUUGAAUGGAUAUAUAAAGUCUGGCAAGAAAAGGACUUGCUACUUGAAAAUUAUUAUAAGUAUGGAUGCUUCCAUCAAGAUGAAAAACUAUCAACAUCAGUCGUUAAUUCCUUUAAGAUUAAUCCGCUUGAAUUUUAUGGAGCCCUGCUAUUACCAAUAUGCACACUUAUGUUUGUGUUGAUAAUCGUCUACAUGUCCAUAUUCUAA